AUGUCAGGUAACAACAACAACUCCGGCAACACUGGCGGUGGCUCCAAGGGCUCUACCCCAAUGAGUCAGUCUGAUGCCAGUAGGAUUCAAUCCGCCAACGCCAAGAGCGGCAGCGACAUGUCUUCCGGCGGCUUCGCUGCUCGCGCCCAGGGUGCCGGAGACCGCAACGCGAAUGCUGGCGGUCAGCAGAGCGGCGGCACAAAGAAGUGA